UUUAGAGGGCAUGCUAUUUCAUCACAAAAAUGUCAUUCACAUUAUCUCAGAAUCAAUAUUACCUAUAAUAAUCUAUAACAUAAUAGUUUAUUUGAUAGUGACAAUAAAUACCGAAAACAUUGUAUAAAAGCCUCUCGUUUUGUCUCCCUUAGCGCGUGGGCACAUCAGAAGCUUUUGCUGUAGCCUUGUUCCCGCGCCUCCUCCGCACGAGCACAUCCAUAAUAAUAAAAGUGUCACGAGGAUCUUCUGCAGUAUCUGUUAGCAUAAAAUAGGUUAAAUGAGAAACCGUUAAGGAAAAAAAGUUUGCUGAUAGGCCUAUAUUCAAUCAAUCACAUUUUGGCCCCAUGUUUCACGUUUAUUAUGGCGCUAUAGGACUGUUAAGCUCAUAAUUAUAGUUCUUUACACAUGUAAAUUAGACUAAAUGAACGGAUAUGUAAUACAGGACAUAUUAAAUAUUUGAGUCAUAGGCUAUCUGAUGCAGCUAAAUAGGCCUAUGUGGGCCUGGAUUCGCUGCACACAAUAACAAUUACAAGCGUUUACAAGCAACAAAAAUUAAUCGACAUAUUUUCAACUGUUAUUAUUGUGCAAUGGUGUAAAAUAAGUAUGAAAAUAAUAAGCUUGUGUAUGUCUCUCUUAAGACUAACUUUUGGGAUUGUGUACUGCAGUUUCCUUUGUUGUGGCAGGCCCACAUUCAAUUCACACAAUGAACUGUCUUACAUGGCAUAAAACAUAUUUUCAACUGAAUUACUUUGACUACAUUCAAGUUUUUAUUUUCAAAUAUAAUUCAGUGAGUAUAUUGAUGAAAUGUAGGUCAAUAUAAGCCAAUGAUGGAGAACACAAUUCCACAUACAAUGCCAUGCAUUGUGCAUUCAGAAUUUCCCAACGGAUAAUCGAAGAAACAAUUAUCAGUGUAGUAAAAUUAUAGUUAUCACCUUCAAAUGUUUUACAAAAUCUGUACCCGAAUUUAUUUCCUUUAUAAUUUCGACUAAUGACGUAUUACAGGGAUGGCACUCUACUGAUCCUGACAUAUGGUUAGCAGGGAAACCUAGAACAAUUGAACCAUGGUCUGUCAGCAUAGACAGAGCAACUCUGGAUCCAAAACACACAAUCACACACACGCACACACUUGCGCGCGCGCAAACACACACACACUCACACACGCACUCCAUUGAUUUGACCCAUAUGUAGGAGAUUUUAACGCAACAUAAAUAAGAUAUUGGGUUGAAAAAAGGAAUUGUCAUUUUCCAUCCGUGGGAAAGGUGUUCUAAAUCAUUCCCCCAGAAUCCCCCUGUAAAAAAAAUGUGUAGGUCUGAGUAGGGUUCACAGAAAGCCGCCACCCACUCCUUGCCUCACACACAAAGCCUAUGCGUAAAUUCCAAAAAUCCAUCCGUCUCCUCCUCAGGCCCGUCCUUUACCACAGACUCUGCUCACCACCAACAAACCCAAAUGUAUGCUCCAACGAAAAUAAUUACGUUUUGUAAAUACGCCCCCCAAAAAAUCCAGAAAGAAAAUGCAGUGGCGAUGUUGGUUUAGCUUACUCACCAUUUACGCGCAUUAUCGCCCUUCUGCAAAAUGUUCCAUGUAUUUUUAAUGUCUUAAAACAUCCCUUAAGCGACAGAAAAGAUGUGACAGCGAACAGAAACGUGUUAUAAUCUAAAUGGCCAGCGUUGCUCGCCGCUUCCUGGCUGCAUUUGAUCCGGGGGAGAGUUAGAAGCCUUAAAUGUGUUCUGAGGGCACCGAGCUGUCAGACCUUUUGGCGAGUAAGAUUGAUCGCGCGCAGGCUUCCAGGAUUCUUUGUUUGCUAUAUAAGCAAUAAACUGAGCAAGGCCUACCACUUAUUUUCCUCCUCUCCCACUCACUCUUCCAAUUUUAUUUCCUUUGAAGCAUACAACAUAGCUGCUUACUGGCUGUUUGACGAAAAACAUCCAUAGUGUGGCUUUUACAGAUUGUACUGGAAGGGUACAUAGCCAAACUGUGGGAGCUGCUCAGUCGAUACACAAUUCCUUCUACAGAAUCUAUCCGCAAUGAAUUCGUUAAAAUGACCUAUUCCAAUGGCAGGGGUUCAUUAACUGUGCAAUAGCACAAGUUGAAAUGUGUAAGAAAUAAGGUUAAAUGUAAAGAGGAUCAUUAUGCCCUUGUCCACCACUCACCGGCUGGAAAUUGUUCCCUAAACUUAGUAUGUUGUUAGCAUAUAGGUCAACCUUGCUUUAGUGUAACUGGGAGGGCUCUGCAGAGUGAUAUAAUUGCAGAGACUGAUAAAGAGUAUAAUUACUCCACAACAAUUCCAGACUCAAAUGAAACAAAACAUGAUUGGUAUGCAUGCACACAAAAUGUGAUAUUUUAAAGCAGUAUUUUUUUUUGCAUUAGGUGCAUAUAAUUUGAGCAACAUCAGUUGUGUGUGAGUGUAUUUGUCUGAGGUUUGUCUGUGUGUGCUUACAUGCUCCAUGUGUAUUUGGGUAUCUGGGCGUUAAACACAAUAUGUAACUACUUCAUGUGUAAUAAAUGUACUGCAUACAAGUGGAUGACACUAAAAUGGUAUAGUCGGCAUGAUUAACCCAUGCCUCCAGAAUAGGUAUGACGUUUUGUUCCCAGUUGUAUGCCUCAAUUAGUAGCUUAACCUAUAGCUCAUCUAUGCUUGAAUUGAAAAGAAAGUCUAUGAACACAGUCAUACAUUGUCACACAUUGUAAACUCUACCGUUUUGGAACACAUUGGAUUGUUAGGUGUUGUUGCUGUCAGGAUCUCUAAAUAUCAGUUUUUGGGGUGUUUUUUCCACGAGAGAACUCUACAUGAAUGGCUAACUUUGCUAAUGACUGCAUGCAUAGUGUGUAGCUACUGGUGUCAUUUGUGUGGCGCGGGGGCGUUCUCUCCAGACAUACUCAAACAAUACGAGAAAAUAGGACUGCAUGAGCCCGGGCAAUAUAGUUACUUCACUUUCACAGCGCUCAGGCAGCCAUUCUAAAAACACAUUUAUAGUUUAGUUGACUAGGAGGCUAGGGGACGAUAAACUGGGGUGGGCGUAAAAAAGGUGUAAAUAAAAACAGCCGUCCCCAUAGAGACACGGCGUUCUUCACACCAGAGUUUUUGGAUCAAUCACGCAGACAGUGGCUUCUUUUGAUUAAACCCCAAAUUGUAAUUGGGCAGAAGUUAUCAUGUGACUUGGCUCCAAUUUCAACCUUGUCUCCAUGAAUUCAAUAGUUUAAUAGCUGUUCGGUCACCAUACGGCCGUAAUCAGUGAAUUUGAAAAAAAAUGCCACCACCUCUUUCUCAUUGAGCCGCUACAUUUAUAAAAAUACGCGCAGCAAACUUUCCUCGGCUCUCAGCGAGCGGAGAUGAAUUACGAAUUCGAGCGAGAGAGCGGUUUUAUCAAUAGUCAGCCUUCGCUUGCUGAGUGCCUGACAUCUUUCCCCCCUGUCGGUGAUUCAUUUCAAAGUUCAUCAAUCAAGAGCUCGACGCUUUCACACUCGACACUGAUUCCUCCUCCUUUUGAGCAGACCAUUCCCAGCCUCAACCCAGGCAUCCACCCGAGGCAUAGCCGGCCCAGACACUGCCCCGAUGGAUGCAUCCCGCUGCCCACCGCCUCCCUACCCCCGGAGUACCCCUGGAUGCGAGAGAAGAAAGCCUCCAAGAAGAAUCACCUGCCGACUUCCACCGCGACUGCCAUAACGAGUGGACUUGUAUGCUUCUCCCCGGAAGGUUCGCCGGAGAUUCCAGAGAGCGGAGGAGAGGGUUCCCGGCGGUUGAGGACUGCGUACACCAACACACAGCUCCUGGAGCUGGAGAAGGAGUUCCACUUCAACAAGUAUCUGUGCCGACCGAGGAGGGUGGAGAUAGCCGCCCUGCUGGACCUCACCGAGCGGCAGGUCAAAGUAUGGUUCCAGAACCGGCGCAUGAAGCACAAGAGGCAGACCCAGUGCAAGGAGAACCACAAUGGCGAAGGGAAAGAGCCGAGUGCUGAGGACAGGACCCAGAGCGACGAGGAGGAGGAUGAGGGCUCGGUGUUUGAGCAGAGCCUCAAUAUAGUGACCGGGGCCCUUAUGGAGAGAGGGGCCUGCUCCUUUCAGCAGAACUCACUCAGUACUUCCCAGCAGCUCCAGAAUGUUGGCCCGCACAAUGGCGUGGCCCAGAGUUACACAGUUUUACCACUGAGCAGCAAUGACAAAAAUCUGAAGCAUUUCCCCAACCCGUCACCCACUGUUCCAGGCUGCGUGUCAACAAUAGGGCCCGGCUCUGCACCUGGCCAGGACAAUGGCGGUAGUCCCGCGGCCCUGGACGUCUCAAUACAAGACUUCCAAGUAUUCUCCUCGGAUUCUUGCCUUCACUUCUCUGAUGCCACCUCGCCUAGUGUGUCAGAAUCCCUGGACAGCCCCGUGGACAAUCUGGACAUAUCUACCGACAACUUCUACUUUUUCUCGGAGUCAUUAACUACCAGUGACUUACAGCAUCUGAGCUAUUGAAAUCAAUUAAAAAUAGAGCGAUACUUUCAACCUGGAACAUUUAAAGAAAGAAAAAAACUCCGGUAUUAACUAUGAAGUACAUUUUGGUGGUUGUUUGAUAUGAUCGGCACAUUUCCUUUUUAUUGAUUAAUUGAUUAGGCCUAGUCGAUUAAUUCAAGGUAAGAGUCUGGAAAAAUAUACCAUUGUGGCCUGCAAUUACAAUAACACAAUGAUUUCUUAAGAUGCAAUAUUAUGGGUAUGUGAAAAGUUGCACAAUAGUAUGAAUUCUGGUCAUUUUAUUUUUGUAUAGCUUACAGUGCCAUGGAUAUUUUUGUUAGAAUAAAUAUGACUUGCUAUAAGGAACUUGCAAGAUUGUGUUUUGUUAUUAUUAUCCAAACCUUUUUUAUCAAGUGUAAAGUGUAUUUUUGAUCAAAUGUAUUUUUAUCAACCCCCACAAAUAGAAAUGAGGCAUUACCAAUCGAUACAAUGUUUAGUUGCUCAUUCUGAAUACAAAUUUACUCUAAUUCAUUUGCAAGUCAAAAUAGUAUGAUGAAAGCAGGCCAAUGUAGCCGUAUGUCGGAGUAUAAAUCCUAUAGUUAUUCUAAUAAAUGCAUGGUUUAUAUUCUAUUAUAGGCUAAGCAUAAAUGUUUAGUCGAUAAAAACGAACCUUCAUCUUGGAGGCAUUGAGCCCUUGAUAUUGUAUUCUGUUUAUGUUAAUGAAAAAUGAGCACCUUUAUCAUGAUUGUUCAGUGAUAUAAAUAGCUGUGCAAUUUGAGAAUGGAGUUCAAUAGAAAUAUCAGCUUACAAUUUUGAAUUAGAAACUCUUUAGAAAACUUCCCUUGUCCCAUUUCAAGCAGAUUCGAGUAUACAGAAAAUUUCACAGGCUACUACAAUACAUCGAAUAAAUCUCCUUUACUUCCCCUGGUUGUAAAGUUAGUAAAAUUGUGAACAUACUAGGCUAGAAAUAGCACGUCUCCCUAUUGCUAGCUCCCUUUGCUGUGCGCAUGUGGAGGCAAAUGCUCGAACCAUGUUUGCCUUCACGAGCUCAUAAAUCAAACCCCGUCAUGAAUGAGAACGUUAUCAAAGAGACCAAUUGUGAUAUAUAAUGCACAACUAACAACCCUCUUCACUUUUUCAGAUGGGAUUCGCGAAUCGAGGCCAAAACUCUGAAGCUUUGUAAGCCUUUGGUAAUAAUGCAUUUGUAUAGCUGUUCAAACACGCGGGCUCUCCAAGCGUGCAGCAGCGUCUUCCCCCUCGUGCUAUAAGUAGCCUAAUUCAAAACAGGCUGUUGCAGGCCUAUACAUUAGUAUUCAUUUUACACGUUUUACAUUUUCUAAAAAUAGCUCUAAACCUUUUAGUGAUUGGGGAACAGUGUAUGCCAAUAAAUAUAUUUGAUUAAAUUGAGAUGUUCAUAACAAUAACAUAAUAUGGCAAAAUGGCUUUCGGCUAUAAACGUUUUAUGUCCUUGUGCAGAAAUUUAUUUUCCACAGCCUUUGAGAAAUGCAUGUUUUACUAAUUUCACCUUGGAGUUGUAUGAGAUUUGGUCAGAAAUAUUACAAUUCUGUAAUAAUUUUGGAAUGGGCUACCAGUUGUCAAUAUCUCACUCAACAUGCUAAUGCUUGUGGUCAUACUAACCACGGGUUGCUACAUAGCAUGGAUCGAUCGUAAAAUGUAUCAUUGCAAAGCAAAGUGCAUAACCAUAUUACAUUCAACAGUAGCGUAUUGGUGGAGUGACGUUUAGCCAAUAUGUAAUUUAUUAAAAACUGGCAGUGGACGACUGCACGCGUAGGCUAUAGGUUAUGCACAUAUUCCAUGCACAUAUAUAUGUCAAGAGGAAAGCUACUUUACAGCUCUGGUCCAACUUGGGCUUUCCUUUCCAAAGGCUGGUAACCAAAUAAUUCCGAAACAAAGCGCCUUUUCUCUCACCCCAUUCCACGUUCGCAGAAAAAGCAUUCCUGGAACGUUCACCGCCUGGCGAAGAGUGCUGCACCCACGCGCUAUGUGCACGGUUGAAGAGAGCGAGAGAAAGAGAGAGCGAAGCGUAGGUAGUGUAGGAUACUUUAGUAGUGUCUCAUGGUUCGAAACUAAGGAGUCUUGUUGUGUCCAAGAUGGCUUUUGCUAGGGGACAUAGUGAACAAUUUGCAGUUUUAUAGCUAAUAUCAUACUAUUUUGCACAAUUUGCCAUGAUGUUGAGAGAAAAUGUUGCUGUUUUAGAGAUAAUGGAUUCUUAAAAGAAGGCACAAUCUUGCUUUUUUCCCCGCAAAUAUUUGUUUUUAUAGUAACAACAUUUGAAAUAUAUAUUUUGAUAGACCAAAGUAUCAGCUAUCACACCAUGUAAAGAAACAACCACAUUUUUAUUUCAUUUUUAUGAAAUGCAACUAACUUUCAUUUUUCAAUUAGUGUCCAACAAGAGAUAUAAAUCUGAGGCAGUUGAUGCUUUACAGAGUUGACAGAAAUUGCAUUUUUUUAUUCAUUCAAGUGGCGUACACAGAAGCAAUUUUGUUUUUCCUCAGUUGCUUUAUGACUCUAAAACCUAAUUAAAUGUAACGUAUUUGAAUCUAAAGUCAUAUUCUAUCUUAGCUAUCAGGAAGAAAUAUCAGGAAGAGUUGACCGUUUAUGGUUGUGACCAUGGUUAUUGCAAUAUUCUUUGUUUUAAUCUUCCAAAAGUACAGAACUUUACAGACAAUGAGUGCCAUGAGACCAUGAGUGCGCUACAUGUAAUGAAGACAUGAAUAAGGGGUCCUUAUGGUAUAGUUGACCCUGCUCAUUCCUGAUUCAUUUUAGAGUUUACCACAUCUCCGGACACAUCUUUUAAUCACCGUUUUCAGAGAAAUAUUCUUUAAAGUCACAAAGGGCUAUUGCAAGUAACUACAUUAGAUAAUUUCCCAGUUAAUAUCCACUAUUGCCAGUUUUUAGAAUUGUAGACACUUUUUUUGGAAAGUUUGAAAUUGGGACAUUUUGCUACAGACAAAGGCAUUCGAAAAUUCCAUACAUGUACAUUUUACAACCACUUCUCACAGUCUCACAUCAGAAUUGGACAGUCAUCCAUGUUUCUCAAAUUUCGAAGUUGUUCCAAAAAUCACAUUUUACGCUGAGGCAUUAACUCCACAUUUUUAUGGUUAGGGUUAAGUUUGACCUCUAAAUUCAUAAGGUUAGGCAUUAACUCUGAAUGGUUAAGGUAGGGUUAAGGUGUGGGACAGGCUUAAAACAAAAAUAUAAAAAAACAACUUUCUAUGCUAGAUUCAAACAUGCAACCUCUGGAAUCAGAGGCAGAUGCUUACAAUGGUUGCUAAAAUUGUAAUAGUUGUAAUAGUUCACCUAAUUUCAGUUUAUGUGACAAAACAAGCAGGUAUAGUGUAGAGAAUCAUUGUACCAUCUAAACCGCUGUGAAAUAUAUUUUCCAUAACCAAUAAUGUUGUGUUUUCAGCUGUUUGAAGCUGGUGUACAAAACCAAAAGUAAUUAAUGCAAAAACGAAACUUAAGCACGGGAAGCAUACAUAAUGCAGCUUUAAGGUAAGGGUUACGGUCUGGGAUAGGCUUAAAACAACAUUAUGAAAAACAAUUUUAUAUUCCUAUGGAACCAGAGGCAGAUGCGUACGCCAAAACCCACUUUAAGGUAACAGCGCUCACUUUUGCCCCUAGUGGCCGCUUUGCACGUUGUCUCUCGAUAUCCUUGGAUGUGGAUGUACGUCAAAUACUGACUUGUGUCAAGGUGACCUGCCUGACAUUUUUGUUUCCCUGUCAGACAAGGAUUGUCCCGACUUUCAAGAAUCCUUGAUCUAAUUUCCUGCUGUUCUACAGAUUUUCCAUGAGGUUGUUUUGCAGGUUUAAAGCUAAUUUCCUGUCAUUCAAAAAUUAAUAAAAUAAUGGCUUCUGAUAUGUUCAUAUGCUAUCUGGGGGGCCCGACCUCCCGCGGACCCCCCUGUGAGAGGUCCAACAGAGGCUGUUGGAAGAAUAACCACCACUAGGCCAUACAAUCCUUUUGUCAUCCAGUAGGGACGCAAACAACUAUUCCCCUCUUAUCCCUCGGCCCCUCCCCUCUCUCUCUCUCUCUCUCUCUCUCUCUCUCUCUCUCUCUCUCUCUCUCUCUCUCUCUCUCUCUCUCUCUCUCUCUCUUUCUCCCUCUCUCUCCCUGUUACAGGUUUUUCAAUUGCUUUGGUACUUUUUAAAAACCCUUAGUACAAAACUCCAAACUGGUAACACGUGUAAUCCGCCAAGUCUUAUCUUCAAAACAUUUUAUUGUGCUUUCAUUUUGUUUGGAGACAUCUUUCACCACACACCCAUUGAUCCAAAAUAUAAGUUUAAUGUGAAAUACCAUGAGAACAUUGAUUUAAUCCCCGAAACACAACAUAAUGAUAUCUUCUCAAUUGAGUUGUUUUAACAACAAGUUAAUCCAAUAGAAAAAAAUGCCCUUUGAAUGUAAUAUGCUACAUUACUGGUUUUAACAUUAGGAAAUAUACUUGCUCUACCCAUCAAAAAUUGACCCAUCAAAAAUGUCCUAUCUAAUUUCCAUAAUUUCUAUCCCAUGUGUUAUAAAAAGGGUCAUCAUUAAAGACAUAUUUUACAAUCACUGAUGCAAAUAUAUAUUGUUCAGAUAUAAUUACAACAUUAUCAAACAAAUCAAAACAAAUGAAAUUAAUGAAAUAAAUAUACAUAACGUUUAGCAGGCACUAGUUUGCAUCAAGCCCGUCUUGAGCAUUUGGCCAUAGGUUCUCAUUAACAUCGCAGUAAAUGUCCUCAUUGUUUAUGCACAUGGGGAAAAACCUUUUGGCAUGGCAGAUCCAAGCCUCACCUAGGUCUGGAAUGAUGUCAUUGAAUGCCUCACCCAUGGCCUGGAGGAGGGUGGCACACUCAUCGGGAUGGCAAAUCAUAUACUUUCCACCUGUAUUGUAAUCAUGUAUUGUAUAUUUUACAGUAUUGCAUUGUUGUUAUGCAUUGUAGUGGUCAUGUGUUGCUCAGUUAGCAAGAGCAUGGCACUAGCAACACCUUGAUUCUGGGGUCACACAAACAUGUGUGGAUUGUUGUAUCUUUGGAUAAAAGUGUCUGCAAUGUAAAUAGCCUAUAUUACUGGUACUACAGUCCUGUAAUGCCCUAUAUUACGGUGUUAGAGUAGGGUAUUGGCCAAUGACAUGUUAGUACAGCAGUGUGAAGCCCCUCCACAAUAGAAACACCCCAGAUACUUCACCUUGGAUACAUGUUGACUCUAUAGGAGAUGCAUUUCUUUCUUGUUUGGACCUUCUGAAUUAUUUGCAUAUUGGUUUUGCAUUGUAUUUCUAUUGUAUUAAUGCACUGUUGGAUCUAUAGAAACACAAUCAUUUCGCUGCACCUGCUGUAACAUCUGCUAAUCUGUGUACUUAACCAAUAAACAUGGAUUUGAUUUGUUACGUUUCUGAGCUUGUCAAUAUCAGAAGUAAAGUAAAAUCAUAAUAGUCAUCAUCAUAGUAGUACAUUUGAGUACAUGUCAUACAUUUUCAUUAUGUAGUUCUCAAAAUCUUUUGACAAACGUUUAAAUGACAAUCAAUUAAGAGCAGUCGGAUUAAAUCAUAGUAAAAUGUACUUUAACAACAGAGAAGAGUAUCAUACCAAAAGUAAUGUGAGCAUUGCAUUGUGAAAGGCAAUUACUUUGUAUGAACAUAUAUUCCAAUGUGAAACAUGUAUUUCUAGAUUAAACUGAUUACGAUUGGUAAUAAAGUGACUGUGUGAUUUUAUUUGUUGUACUUAGUCAAUAAAAAAUGUGCUUAGAGUUUUUAAAAAACUG